GCCUCCCCGGGCUCCCCACGCCGUGUCUCAGUUUCCCGGCCGGCUGCAGCCCCUCACGGGGACGCCCGCGGGCGCAGUCGCUUCACUCCGGCGCGAAGCUGGAGCGGGGGCUGCUCCCUCAGAUUCUCCGGCUCCGUCAGGGAGAGCCGAAAAGGGUUCCCUCAGAUGUAAGAGUGACACAGCCCUUGUCAGCCAGCCGGGGGCUGAGGUGUGCCCCAGGACUGGUGUCCCUGUGCCCGUGUAAUCCAAAGCCUUCCCCGUCGCUUGUGUCACCCCGGGAACUGCGAAAUCCUUCUGGCAUCCAACAAAGCAGCUCCCUUAAACACCCUUUUAACUGAGCUUGAGCCCACUAUACCUCUUUUAACCUGUCAUGUCCCUUAGCAUAGUCUGUUACUUAAAAAAGAGGAAAUACCCUUAAAAUCUUCGGCUAGAAAGGAUAUUACAAAUACUCGUGAGGGGGCUGAGCGCGAAGUAAAAAUUACGUGGAAACAUACCAGGUCACGGCUGCUCUCCGAGUUCAGCUCGCCGGGCAGAUUCCCCGGUGAGGGUUACCUGGGCGACACGGUGCAAACUCAGCACGGGAGCUGCCUCGGGCAGGGCUCCUGCCUGCUCCGCACUCCGGGAAACAGCCCAAAACAAAACCACAGUGUGUGCCAUUGCUGUCGAACUCAUCGCUGGCCAGCAAAGGAAGGCAGCUGCGAGCUGAAAAUGCCCUCUAAUUUCCCUUCGGAUUGCUGUGCCUCUUCCACUUUUCGCUGCUGAAGAACCAGGUUUCUGGGCAUUAAUACAUUUAAGGACAGUAUGUCUGACAACAAACAAAAUAAGAGGAGAAGCAAAAAAGGUUGUGGGAGUGUUGUUGCUUUUCAGAAUGCAGACAAUAUAAUGGAAGAAAUGCAUCAGUCAGACAAAGCUCUAGGAAAAACCAGCCAAAUUGCACCAACAUCCAGAGCAUGGCCAGCCCAACGAGUGGCAUGUUUUCCAAGUAAAAAUCAGAUAGCAUUGCCCAGGAGACACCACACUUCUUUACCUUUCUUCUCAAAUAAAGAGGACAUGGGAUGUGGCUUUGACUUCAGCUUUCUGCUACAGACCUCAUGCCCAGAAUCUAACAUUUCAACAUCAUUUAUGGAUUUAGAUGCUUUCCAGAUAAUAAAAGCACAAAUACAACAAAGGUUAUCUGUUACAACGCUAAAAAACAGGAACAAGAAAUCUGAGUUUCAUUUGCCACCAGUGACAUGUCAGCCUGUAAGAAAAAUUCAUCUUGCUCCUCUAAGGGAUAAUAUUGUCAAUGAAAGCAGAAACAUCAAAAAUAUUUUACAUAUUAUGAACUCUAUUCCUCAGCCUAUAAAACCAGUUACUAAAUUUUAUCAGUAUCAGUUAGACAACUUAUUAAACAGGGACAGUGAAAAGUCAUCAGAAUUGAUCAUAGCCACAAUUUCUGAUAAGUUUACUCCAGUGAAGGAUCUGUACUACUUCAGCAUUAAUAACUGUGAUAAGUACUUCAACAACAAGAAGGAAGAAAUCCAAAGCCCUUUCAAGUGGAGGGAAGCUGAUGUAGCAAUCCACACUGAGAAUAAGAAGAACCAGGUGAAAUUCCAGUGUUCAGUGGUUUGUGAGAACAUCAAUCUUCUGACCCAAGCUGGGUUCUGGGAUCAGAAUCAUCCCCACUUGAGCUCUAGCAGUGUUCUGGUGAACUGUGGCAUGUUUACAGCCCAGACAGCAUUUACAGUGUCCAGCAGCAGCAAUGCCUCAAGAGCUGGCAAAAAGCAAAGCAGAGCAGAGAAUUGCUGCAGCACUGGUCUGGCAGAAGAAAAUGCUACAGAGAUGAUGCUGGAUUAUAAACCACAGGAAGAUGCUGAGAGUGCCAGCCUUGUGCUUUACAACCAGCAUUUAGAUUCUUCCUGUAAAAAUGGAGUGAUAGAGGCCAACCAAGCCUUGGAAGAUAAUUCUGUAGUUGCAGUGAUUCCCGGAGUAGAAGCUCAAGAUCCCUCUGGAAAACAGCCAGAAAAUCAAGUCUGUCUCUCUGAAAUAGAAAAAGAAGCCAUUUCAGAAGCACCUUCAGAGGACCAGAGUGAGCUUGUAGCUGUUGCUCAUGUUAUGCUCUCUGAACAAGAGCCAGCCAGGGAACCACACAUUGCUGAACAACCUGCCACAAAAAAGGGUGGUGUCUGUACCCUCCCUCAUCAUGUUCCUCAGAGCCUCAGUGUUCUUGCCCACAAAGAAAAUGACAAAAAUAAAAUAAAGAUGAAUAGAAAUAAAUAUUCACCAAAAUCUAAAAUUAAUAAUAAGAUAAAAGUAUUUGAAGACUUAAUUGCUUCUGAAGAGGUUACUACAAAAUCAAGUGCCAAGAGUCAGAUUUUUCCAUCUUUGGAACUGACAAAAGUGAAAUCUGAGGCUUCCAUGAAGUGUCAGAAAAAAUCUACUCAAGGACACAAAGGUCAUGUUGUUCAGAGUGCCCAGAAAAUUAAAAAGCAGAGUUGCUCCUGCAGCUGCAAAAAUUCAGCUGUCUUAAAGAAACACGUUACUCCACUUUGUCUGCCACGUACACCCUCUGCUUCAGAUUUUGUAGAUCUGAAAUACACUGACAUGUUCAAAGUAAUAAAUUCAGAUGACCAAGGCCCAGGUAUUUAUGAAAUGUUUGGAACUCCUGUCUAUUCCCGCGUGACAGACCUUGAUCAGCACAAGGACAGGUUUUACAAAGGUGUUUAUUCUGUUCCACCAGGAAAAUGCACCUGCAGAUCCACCUGCAGUAAAGGGGGAGAGAGCAGCAGAGUCAGAAACACUCAAAAGAAAACUCAUUCCAAGCCAAAGAAGACCACACCUGGUGCUAAACAAAAGCAGAAAAGUUUAAUCACAAAGGACAGAAGGACCAAGUUGAGUGACAGCAACACAGAGCAAGACAAUGCAACAACAUCCAACAUGGAUUUUCAAACACAAACCUUGAGUAGCACAACAUUGUUCCAUGGAGACACGGAUCAUCAGCUCACAUUUUCAGAAGAGCUUGCACAGCCAACUAAGCAAAAUGAACUGUUUACAAAUUCAAACCUCUCAACUAUUAAAGAAGUUUCUUUGGAGGAAUUGUUAGCCAGCCAGGAUAAAUCCAGCUAUCAGAGAGCUGCUGCCUGCAGCCAGGAUCUCCUUCAGCUCAGUGAUCAAGACUGCAGAGAAGGUGUUGCUCCGAGUGGCAGUCUGGUAACAGCAGAGCAGAACAUCUGUGUGCCCCAGUGCAGGGGGGAUAUGGAUGGUGCCAAAGGCUGGGAAUCACACCAGGACUCCAAGUCUGUCAAUAAAUGUGAGUUGGCCUUUUCAGAUAGACUGGAAUGUCAGUCCCCUACAAAAAUAUUAGAUCACAUUAGUUGUGCAAACACGCCUCAAAACAGUGGUUUGGCAAAUGAAUUGACUCAGACUUCAGUGAUUUGGACAAAAAAGGCCAAAAGCCCCAGUUCCCAGACAAGUCAAAACAUUUCUUCCUGGUCAGAUACUAAGCAUGUGACUGAUGAAUUGCUUUGUUGUCUGGCCAAAGAAUUGCUAAUGCUUGAAGAAAAAGACACCAACUCUUCAAGAACAAAAAAUACAUGUUUUAAAAUAAAAAACACACAGGGUGAAGAAGAGGAAAAUAUGAUGAACGGAGAUGGAGCAAUAAUAAAUAGUGCUCUAGAGAAGCAGAGUUACAGUGAAGCCUUUUUGGCUUCAAAUGAAGAAAAGGGCCUUCUAAACUUUGAUGAAUCUAUAAAAUUAUCAGGAAGCAGUUCAACUACCAAAGAUCCUAUCAUGUGGACAAGAGGAGAAGUCCUUGGAAAGGGAGCCUAUGGCACGGUGUACUGUGGUCUGACAAGCCAGGGACAGUUAAUAGCUGUAAAACAGGUGGUUUUGGACACAUCAGAUCAACUCACUACAGAAAAGGAGUAUCAGAAGUUCCAUGAGGAAGUUGAUCUUUUGAAGACAUUGAAGCAUGUAAAUAUUGUAACUUAUUUAGGAACUUGCCUGGAAGACAACAUUUUGAGCAUAUUCAUGGAGUUUGUUCCUGGUGGCUCCAUUUCCAGUAUUCUGAAUCGCUUCGGCCCCUUGCCAGAAGUCGUCCUCUGUAAAUACACCAAGCAAAUUCUACAGGGGGUUGCAUAUUUGCACGACAACUGUGUGGUCCACAGAGACAUCAAAGGCAACAACGUGAUGCUCAUGCCCACGGGGGUAAUCAAGCUGAUUGACUUUGGCUGUGCCAGGCGCCUGGCCUGGGCCAGCCUCGGCGGCAUCCGCAGCGAGCUGCUCCGCUCUGUGCACGGCACUCCCUACUGGAUGGCUCCAGAGGUGAUCACUGACUCUGGCUACGGCAGGAAAUCAGACAUCUGGAGCGUGGGCUGCACCGUGUUCGAGAUGGCAACAGGCAAACCCCCUCUGGCUUCCAUGGACAGGGUGGCAGCCAUGUUCUACAUCGGGGCCCACAGGGGGCUGAUGCCGGCCCUGCCCGAUCGCUUCUCCAGCGCUGCCGUGGAGUUUGUGCACGCCUGCUUAACCAGAGAUCAGCAUGAACGGCCUUCUGCUCUGCAGUUGCUGGACCAUCCCUUUGUGAAAGGAGGACAGUGAAUUUUUCAAAACUCUUGCCAAAUCAGCAUGUAUUUUCCAUAGAAAAGAUUUUCAUUUGUGGAAAAAAGACCAGAAGGAACUGGACUUGAAUGUGACAGCAGAAAUACUGAGGAGCAGUUGUGUCCAAGGAGUCUGUUAUUAGGCAGCAGUGAUUAAAGAGUACCUGUUCUGCA